AUGGAUGUGAAGAAUGCCUUCCUUCAUGGUGACUUGGCAGAAGAUAUCUAUAUGACUCCUCCUCCAGGCUUGUUCUCCUCUUCUGCUGGUGUAUGCAAACUAAAUCGUUCCUUAUAUGGUUUGCGACAAGCUCCUCGGGCAUGGUUUGAGAAAUUUCGAUCAACUCUUAUUGGAUUCUCUUUUACCCAGAGUCAUUAUGAUACUUCUUUAUUUAUUCAUCGCACGGAUGUUGGCAUUGUUCUUCUUCUUAUUUAUGUUGACGACAUGGUCAUUACAGGAUCUGAUCAAGCAUCUAUUCAAAAACUUAAAGAUCAGCUCCAAGCUGCCUUUCAUAUGAAAGAUCUAGGAUGUCUUCAUUACUUCUUGGGCUUGGAGGUUCACUCUAACUCCAAAGGGAUUUUUGUUAAUCAACACAAAUAUACUGAAGAUUUAAUAUAUAUGGCUGGCCUUCACUCUGCUGUCCCAGUGGAUACUCCUCUUGAAGUAAAUGUUAAAUACCAUCGUGACGAAGGUGAUAUCUUGCCCGAUCCUUUGAAGUAUCGCCAAUUGGUGGGUAGCCUUAAUUAUUUGACUAUUACACGUCCAGAUAUUUCUUUUGCGGUACAACAAGUUAGUCAAUUCAUGCACACUCCUCGCCACCUUCACUUGAAUGCUGUUCGUCGUAUCAUCCGUUACUUGAAAGGUACCUCUAAUCGAGGCUUAUUUUUCCCUUCCAAUUUGUCUCUUACUUUAUUGGCCUAUAGUGAUGCGGAUUGGGCGGGUUGUCCAGACACUAGGAGGUCUGUUUCGGGUUGGUGUAUGUUUCUUGGUUCUGCUUUGAUUUCUUGGAAGAGUAAAAAGCAAGCUCGAGUUUCCAAAUCAUCCACUGAGUCGGAAUAUCGAGCCAUGUCUACAGCUUGCUCUGAGAUUAUUUGGCUUCGUGGUUUGUUGGCUGAACUGGGCAUUCCUCAGGGCACUCCGACACCUCUCUAUGCUGACAACACCAGUGCCAUUCAGCUUGCUGCUAAUCCGGUUUUUCAUGAGCGCAGUAAGCAUAUUGAGGUAGACUGCCACUCCAUUCGCGAGGCUCUCGAUGAUCAUGUUAUAUCGCUUCCUCAUGUCAGCUCACAACUUCAACUUGCAGAUAUCUUUACGAAAGCUGUUCCUCGUCCCCGCCACCAAUUUCUACUGUGCAAAUUGAUGCUUCUUGAUCAGCCGCAUCAAUUUGAGGGGGGAUGUUAG